UGUUCAACUACCAUGAUCCUCCUGUAUAUAAAUGUACACAUGCAUAGACCCUUGUUAUCUAAGAGUAGUAUCAUUAGCAACCAAGAUUUUGUUGUUUUUUAGCUUUUACAAACAACCAUAUUGAAAGAAACAUAUUUUCUUCGAGUUUUUUGAGAUUUUUGUAGUCGUUUGAGAUUUUUUAUACAUGACGGAGUCUAAAAGUGAGGUGCUGAAGGAGCUUAAGCUUGAUCAGACACCCACAUGGGCUGUGGCUAGUUUUUGUGCUGCUUUCAUUAUCAUUUCUAUUCUUCUGGAGAAGCUUCUUCAUAGACUUGGAGCUUGGUUUACGAAGAAGCAAAAGAGAGCUCUUUAUGAUGCUUUGGACAAAGUCAAAGCUGAAUUGAUGAUUCUCGGUUUCAUUUCACUAAUCCUGACAUUCACACAAUAUUAUAUUGCUGACAUAUGUGUUUCCGACAAUGUUGGAAACUCAAUGAUGCCAUGUAAAAAGAAGAAUGCAGAAUUCAAAUCCAAAUGCGGAAAGGGGAUGAGGCCGCUGAUAAGUAAAGAUGGACUGCAUGAUCUGCAUAUCCUCAUAUUCUUCUUGGCUGUCUUUCAUGUCAUAUACAGUGCCUUAACUAUGUAUCUUGGGAAACUAAAGAUUCGAGGUUGGAAGGCCUGGGAGCAGGAAACUGCAUCUAACGACUAUGAGUUUGCUAAUGAUGCUUCAAGAUUCAGGCUUGUACAUGAGACAUCUUUUGUUAGAGCUCACACAAGCCUCUGGACUAGAAUUCCCUUCAUGUUUACCAUUGGUUGCUUUUUUCGACAAUUUUUCCGGUCUCUUACAAAGUCUGAUUACUUAACCUUGAGACAUGGAUUCAUCAAUGUUCAUUUAGCACCUGGAAGUACCUUUGACUUUCAAAAGUAUAUUAAAAGGUCCCUGGAAGAUGACUUCAAGGAAGUUGUUGGAGUCAGUCCUGUUUUAUGGGUUUCGUUUGUGCUUUUUCUGCUUAUAAAUGUAGAAGGAUCUAGGGCGCUAUUUUGGGUAUCACUUAUUCCUCUCGUGAUCAUAUUAGCUGUUGGAACGAAGCUACAAGCCAUAUUGAUACAAAUGGCUACUGAAAUUAGUGAAAGACAUGCAGUGGUCCAAGGAAUUCCUCUUGUGCAAGGCUCAGACAAGUAUUUUUGGUUUCAUCGGCCUAAAUUGGUCUUUUAUCUGAUCCACUUCUCCCUUUUUCAGAAUGCAUUCCAAGUAACGUAUUUCUUGUGGGUAACGUAUGAGUUUAAACUGGAUUCUUGCUUCCAUGAUACGUGGCCGUACUUGUUAGUCAAGCUUUUUAUUGGAGUAACGGUGCUGGUCUUAUGUAGCUACGUCACGCUCCCACUAUACGCCCUUAUAACCCAGAUGGGUUCGCAUAUGAAGAAAUCUGUAUUUGAUGAGCAAACUUCCAGAGCUUUACUGAAUUGGCAAAAAGCUGCUAGGAAGCAUGCAGGAAGAGCAGGAGGAUCUACUACGCAAGGGGGGAGAACAGGAGGAUCAACUACGCCUGUGGGAAGCACUGAAGGGUAUUCUGGUCGAUCUUUGGAUGAUGCUAGCCCCAUCACUCAUGUGGCAUCAUUCUCAGUGUCCAAUUUGCACUCCUCAACGGCUGCACUUCAUCGCUUCAAGACUACAGGACAUUCUUCUUAUGAUGAGUACAAGAUGUCGAAUAUGGAAAUUGAUCCCCGUGCUGAAUCAGCCACAGCAAGAUUAAUUGUAAGAGUUGAUAAUGGAAAUAAUGAUGUUGAAACAACAGAACUUCAGCCCAGUGAAGACAUGCAGGAUAUUGAUUUCACAUUUGGGACGCCAGCGUCGCCACAUGAUGAUUAAUCAAGUGUACAGUAAAGUCUAUAUAAUAUUUUGCUAGAGUUCUUUUUGUAUGCACAUUGAUUUUUAUAGUAAAACAGCUUAGAAGCACAUAUUUGUAGUGUUUUCUCCACUUGAUUCUUGCACAGUGUAAUUGUUAGAGGUUAUAUGAAGAUUUGAUGUUUUUAAAUUUA